AUGGAUAGUAGAAGAGCUUGCCCAAGCUACGAAGCCGGGUUUGAUGCUUGUGAUCCUUUUGGAUCCGUACUGGAGUGGUCUGGUCGAGAGCCAGCACGUAUAUUGCGGCGUCGUUGCCGCAGCGAAGGCUUGGAGCGGUCGCCAUACGAGGAUGCGAUUCGCGAAGCAAGCCUUCGGACUCAUCGGGCAUUGCCUAAUAAGUGCCACUUCACGUUAAACAGUGAAUGCGAGCAGCACUUCGAUCGGUUCCGUCACGAAUGCUUGCUACCAGCUGCGGAAAACGGCGACUACCUCAUGUCCCAUGACCCAGAACCCACAUACCUUGGCUAUCAACCAGGAAGAUCUAAAUUCUACCGUACAAGUCCUACAAGACCUUUAUUAAUAACGACAUUAUCAAAUACUAAAGUAGAUGAUAGCCGAUUGCCAAAAGUUGAAGAAUUAUUAGAGAGAGUUGACCAGGAAAUGAUGGAUGUACAGGUCACAAAACAGCCUCUGAAAUCAAUACUCAAUAAUCCAUUACCAAGUUCACCCCUUCAUGGCAUACUGAAGAAACCUAAGAGUAGAUCUUAUCAGGACAAUAAAGGUCUCAUGGAAGGUCGCAGAAGACAGCGGGCAUCAAGUGAAUCUGAUAAUUUACUUUAUAAUUUUCAUGCAGGAAUGCCUAUACCAGGAUAUGAUCGCUUCUCCUCGGGAAACACGAAACGCGCUAAAGAUAACUCCGGCAUUGGUUACUCCUAUGGUUCGGCGGUCGCUACACUGGGUACCCCAGCGACCAUCAAAAGUCCAAACAAAAGUCCGUCAAGGAGUCACAAGCUUUCACGCUGCGCUUGCAAGGAUCAGCUUAUGCUGGUGAAUCACGAAGACAUGCAUUUAUUGAGGACGUCGUCCAUUAACAAUAGUGAAACGGUUCACAUGGAUCCUAUCAUCGAUAUAGGAUUGUCACGUCAAGAUACUCCCACGCCCACAUGCCCUGCGGUAAGUCCGGCGCUGCCAGUCAGCUCCGUGACUACCAUUCCAAUCCCGAAGAAAGUGCCCAAACCGAAGAAGAAAAUCAAGAAGGUCACUAAAAUGAAGUCUUGUAGCAAAACUGAAUGCAGCGUGUUCGAGUUGUAUACCGAAGAUCGUCGAGGCAGAUCUCCGUCGCUCGAAGAGUGCUGGCAAAUGGAAACAGACGCGGCUUUAGCAGCAAUAGACAAAUUAGAAAAGAGACCCUCUGUUCUCAAGAAAGAGAAAGAGAAGGAGAAAGUAAUAGUAGAAGAAGAAAAAGUGAUCGAGCAAACAUCUGUCACCAACUUAUCUAACAAAUUAAACGGAGCAAUCAAUGUGACGCCAAAAAAGAAUAAUUCAAAAGAAAAAAUUACGUUAUCAGAAAAAUCCAGCAAGGAUCAAUAUGCAUCUGUAGCAGCUUUGCACACCACAAACCCGUUCAGAUCAACUCUGACACGUAAAGAAUCGCCAAUAAGUCUGCCAGAAUCGGUUACAAACUGUCUUCGGCCGUCCCUAUUUCCUCGCGUGCCACCAUACUUAAAGUUUGUAGGACCAGAUGAAACACCCGUGCAUAAGAUACCUCUCCCCAUACAGAAACAUCUCAAGUGGAAACUGACUACUAUCACGCCGAUUGUCGUCAAGAGAACGCUGACCAACUCUGGUUUCAGAUUGGUGAAGAGUGAGUGUGACACUGCUGAAUGUCCACAGGAAGAAACUAUAGAAUGGAUAGGUAUAUGGGGUAAACACAUGAAAUCAAUAAUGUUCCGAGCCAUAAAAGACGGACAGAAGAUGAAUCAUUUCCCCGGCACAUUUCAAAUUGGCAGGAAAGACCGUCUAUGGAGAAAUUUACAAAAAUUAGUCGCCAAACACGGACUCAAUGAGUUCGGUAUUAUGCCUAAGACAUACGUGUUACCGCAUGAUCUCAAGUUGCUGAAGCAUGACUGGGAGAAGUAUGCUGCUAACAAUGAAAAAUGGAUUAUAAAACCGCCCGCUUCGGCCCGCGGCACAGGUAUCAAAGUAGUGUCGAAAUGGACACAGAUACCCAAAAAGCGACCGGUCGUCGUCCAGCGGUAUGUGUCGAAACCGUACCUAAUCAACGGCAACAAGUUUGAUCUCCGGCUGUACGUGCUAGUCACGUCCGUCCAUCCCUUGAGGAUAUUUCUGUAUAAGGAUGGCCUCGCGAGGUUUGCUUCAGUGAAGUACAACGACGAGCUUGGGUCAUUGAACGAUAGGUAUAUGCACUUAACAAACUACUCCAUAAACAGACUGUCCAAGAAUUACACGCCAAACGAAGAUUUCGCGGCCUGUGAGGGACAUAAAUGGACACUACAAACUCUAUUCCAAUAUCUAAAGACUGAAAAGAAUGUAAACACAGAGGAGCUGUGGGAGUCCAUGAAGGAUUUAGUCAUAAAAACAAUAAUAGCGGGCGAAGCUAGCAUCAGCUCACUGACAAAAGCUAAUAUAACGUCCCGGUAUAACUGCUACGAGUUGUUUGGGAUAGAUGUAUUAUUGGAUGAGGACUUGAAGCCAUGGCUUUUGGAGGUAAACAUAUCGCCGAGUUUGCACAGCGCGUCGCCUCUGGAUAUCCACGUGAAAGGACCGCUAGUGUCGACAGUGCUGAACAUUGCCCAGUUCCAGGUGCCGGUCAAAACGAAUCUCGAAAUGCUAUCCAAGGACAGGCCACACAAACUGGCUGGAUUGCCUUACGAUAGCCGAUUAUAUACAGUCUACCUCUCCAAAGAGGAACGGGAUAAGCACAUUAUAUAUACAAACAUGGAAGAUAGAGAUAUGUAUCUUCGUGACAUCCUUUCAACGUUAACAGCAGACGAUGUGCGACACUUAAUCCAGGCAGAAGAUGAACUGACUCAAGUGGGCGAUAUGGAGCGCGUGUUCCCAACCCCCAAUUCUUACAAGUACCUCUCGUUCCUCACCGGGCCGAGGUACUACAAUCGGUUGUUCGACGCUUGGGAGGCUAGAUAUGGGCGUAACAGAGAUCCUGGUAUCGAGCUCCUUCGAACGUUAUGUGAAAUUGGCUAUCACCUCGAAGUACCGCCCGUGCCAUUGAAGAAUGACGUGGACGCGCCGUCCGUGGCGCCGUCGGAGCGGCCCUCAGUGGUGUCCAUCACGUCGCUGGAGCAGCCAUGCGCGUGCGCCAGCGCCGCCGCGAUCGCGGGGCUCGUGUCGAGCGAGGGGCUCGCGGGGCUCGCCGGCCUCCCGCUCCCGCUGCAGCCCCGCGCCUAG